AUGUCUGAGACCAUGCCCGCUGACCUGCUCGACGGUGGCAUCUGGAGACGCGCUACCUGGGAGAGGAGGACCCUCGCCGAACGAGUGGAACUCUGGCCGCGAGCGCAAAAGGCGAUGGGAAUACAGUGCCCGAAGCUCAAAUUCGGCUCCUUUUACUACCCGACUCUGGGAAUCAAGCUCCGUGGGGUCCGAGCCACCGAAGCCAUCCGAUCCGCCGAGCUGGUGUGCCGCGUGCCAAGAGCCAGCUUGUUGAGCGCGUUUACAAUCCAGAACUCGAGCCUCUCCCCCAUGGUGAGGGAGGUCGGCACGCGCAGUGCAAUGGCUUCCUUCUUGAUUCGCGAGUCCACUCGCAACGCCUCCUUUUGGAUGCCGUACGUAAAGGCACUGCUCGAGGCGCACCCGACCGACGGCAUCCCCCAGACGUGGGACCCCGCAACCUCUCAGGAGCGGCUGAACUCGCUCUCCAACUACAGCCGAAAGUUAGCAGCGUCGUCGCGGGCCGCGACCGAGUCUGCGUGGAGGCGCCUCGUCGAUGUGAGCUUCCGCCGUCACGCUGCCGCACUGAGUGAGGGCGGCGUCUGCGACGCCAUCGUGUGCUCCCAGGAGCAGCUGGUGCAGGUGUACAGCAGGGAGCGCUUUCGCUCCAUGGUGAGCGUGCUACAUGCCCGCCAAUGGAGCAUGCCCUGGUACACGCCCGGGCAGCAGAUUCUCUUCAGCGCGCCCGGCGCCGAUUUGCUCAACCACGGUACACCCGGCGACGUCAAAAACCGGUUCCGCGCGAGCGAGCACGCCUUCACGAUGCACGCGAAGCGCGCGAUCCGCAAGGGUGAGGAGGUGCGAAAGCACUACUCCUAUCUCAUGUGCUGCGAGAGGUACCUGAACGCGUAUGGCUUCCUGCCCAGCGGAGUGCCGCAGUGCCAAACGCCACCGCAUAUGCCGCGAGGGCCGAACCCGUGCGGGAGGGGCGUACCGCUGCAGCCGGAGCCGCAGAGGCCCCGUCUCCCGCAGCCCGGCCGUGACGCGUGA